AUCGGCUAUCGCUUCACAUUAAUAUAGCGCGAAAAUUUACAAUUUGUAAGCACGGAUAAAGUUAACAAACAAAGAAGAGAAAUGGAAGUUUCACAGACAGUAAGCAGACAAGAGCCUGUCCUUCAUUUGGACACGAACGCUCGUCGCAAUUUCAUCAAAUUUUAUACAAAGUUGGGCGAGAAACCCAGUACCACGGUACGUUUUUUUGAUCGCACAGACUGUUACACAGUGCAUGGCAGCGAUGAUUGCGAGCUGGUGGCGAAGAUCGUCUAUAAAUCCACUGCCUUUGUGCACGAUCUGCUGCCCGAUGAUAAGCAGCAAUCGUUACAGUUUGUAGCACUAUCCAAGUCCAACUUUGAGUUGGCUGUCCGCGAGCUGUUGUUGGUGCGUAAUUUACGUGUGGAGGUCUAUGUGCGUCACAAUGAUUGGGAGCUGGAAUAUCGAGGAUCGCCAGGAAAUUUGCUGCAGUUCGAGGACAUUCUGUUUGCCAACAGGGAAGUGUUGGUCGGCAACAGUAUAAUGUCGCUGCAGGUGAAGCUGGGAAACGGAGCGCAGCGUUCAGUGGGCGUGACUGCUGUGGAGCAAAACGAUUGCACUUUUCAGAUGCUUGAAUUCAUAGACGAUGACUUCUUCACCGAACUGGAGGCCACAGUGGUGUUGCUGGGCCCCAAGGAGUGUCUGCUGCCCUCAGCCGAUGGUGAAUAUUUGGCCGUGAAGACUCUUUUAGAACGCAAUGGCGUUAUGGUCACUGUGCCCAAGAAAGGCAGUGCUGCUGAGCGCAAGGAUCUGGUGCAGGACUUAAAUAAGUUGGUGCGCUUUGCCAAAGGUCAGCAGGAGGAUGCCAGUGGCAUGAAGGAGCUGCAAAUGCUACUCGCAUCGGAAGCACUACGCGUGGCCAUUAAGUACUUGGAUUUGGUUAACGAUGCCGGCAAUCUGGGUCACUAUGAGUUAAAGCUGCUGGAUUUGAAGCGAUUCGUGCACUUGGACUCAGCGGCUGUUGCUGCAUUGAACAUAAUACCGAAGCCGGGCAUUCAUCCAACAUCCCCCUCGUAUCGCUGGCAGAGCAUUCUGGGCGUUCUCGAUCAUUGUUGCACGGCCCAAGGACAUCGCUUGAUGUCACAAUGGGUCAAGCAGCCUUUGCGCAGUCAAGAAAUACUGAAUGAUCGCCACAAUAUAGUCGGCUGUCUGUUGGAAUCGCCCGACACUCUAGAUACUCUGCAUUUGGACUACAUGAAGCGCAUUCCAGACAUCCUGAUGCUUACAAAGCGACUAAUGCGUCGCAAGGCCACUCUGCAGGAUCUAUUUCGCAUAUAUCAGGUUAUGCUGCGCACACCCCAAAUACUUAAGGUUUUGCUCAGCCUGGAGAACUCAACCGUACAAAGCGUUAUAUGUGAUCCCUUUAAAAGCAACCUCGAGGAUUUGAGCGGUCUUAAGCAAAUGGUGGAGCAAGUAGUCGACUUUGAUGCCAUUGAGACGGGCGAAUAUUUGGUCAAAGCCUCUUUCGAUGACCAGCUCAAGGAGCUUAAGGCCAACAUGUCUGAUUUGUAUGAAAAAAUGGAACGCCUGCAGUCCAAGUGCCAAAAGGAGCUCAACUUCGAUAGCAAACAGCAAGUUAAGUUGGAAAACGUUGCCAAAUUGGGAUAUCAUUUUCGCAUCACCCUCAAGGAUGAUUCUGUGCUGCGUAAAAAUAAAAACUACCGUAUUGUGGAUGUCAUUAAAGGCGGCGUUCGUUUCACAUCCGAUAAACUGCAGGGCUAUGCUGAUGAUUUUGUCAAAUAUCGCCAGCAGUAUGAGGAGCAACAGCAGUCCAUUGUCGCGGAAAUUAUUCAAGUGGCUGUGGGCUAUUCGGCCCCACUAACCUCCCUCAACAACGAGCUCGCCCAGCUGGAUUGUUUAUGCAGCUUUGCGGUCGCAGCACGUUCGGCACCCACUCCCUAUGUACGUCCUACGCUAUUGCCCCCCGGCAGUGGAAAGCUGCUGUUGAAAGAUGUGCGCCAUCCAUGCCUUGAACUGCAGGAACAUGUGGACUUUAUAGCCAACAGUGUCGACUUCGAGAAGGACAAAUGCAACAUGUAUAUUAUAACCGGCCCCAAUAUGGGUGGCAAGAGCACUUACAUACGUUCGGUGGGCACUGCUGUGCUGAUGGCUCAUGUUGGCGCUUUUGUGCCCUGCACCGAGGCUACCAUCAGCAUGGUCGACUCAAUUUUGGGUCGUGUGGGCGCCAGUGAUAACAUUAUUAAGGGUCUGAGUACGUUCAUGGUGGAGAUGAUUGAAACUUCGGGCAUCAUAAGGACGGCCACGGAUCAAUCUUUGGUCAUCAUUGAUGAGUUGGGACGCGGCACCUCCACAUAUGAGGGUUGUGGCAUCGCUUGGUCAAUUGCCGAGCAUCUGGCUAAGGAAACCAAAUGCUUCACGCUCUUCGCCACACAUUUCCAUGAGAUAACAGAGCUGGCCGAGUCCCUGUCAACGGUCAAAAACAGUCACAUGGCUGCUGUCGCAGAUGACAAAAAUUUCACGCUUUUAUAUCAAGUACGUCCGGGCGUAAUGGAGAAGAGUUUCGGCAUACAAGUUGCGCGCUUGGCCAACUUUCCCGAGCAUGUGGUCCAGCACGCAGAAAUGGUGUAUAAUGAGUUCGAGGACGAACAUGCCGAUAAGCAAAAUGAAGCCGAUAAAGCACUGCUGGCCAAGAUUGAAGUGGCCAUCGAACAGCUAUCCACUGCGGGCAACAAUACGGAGAUUAAUACGGAGGAUCUCACCCAGCUGGUCACACAAUUCGCACAGGAUAUCAAACAAUUGGAUAGCGAUUAUUUCAAAGCAGUGAUAAGCACAGGAAAAGCUAAAUAGUGUUGUGCUUAAAAUGUGCGCAUCUCAGAGAGGAUGAAUCAAAAGGCUUAGUUUUUAUAGUGAGGCUUAAAGAAACUGGGUUUCCUAAACUAUCCAAUCUCAUUCUGAAACUUGACAUAAAAAAACGAAGCGGCACUUAUCAUGGAGCUUACCAUUAGAGUACCUUCAAUUCACCACGCAUCACAUAAAAUAAUUUAUUUUUGAACCAUUUUUAUAAGAAUCCAUACAACACAUUUUUUUUUUGUCCCAAGAAUCCGAAUUUUUAAUUUGUGGCUUGUAACAUAAGCCUCCAAAAACAUUCCUGUUGGAAUUAUUACAAAAAGUGGAAAGAUAUUAAUAUUUAUUUUAAGAAACAAUAUAAAAUUAAGAUGUUUUUG